UAUGGACAAUCCCAAGGUACCCUCUAAAAUUAUAAACAGUCCCGGGGCACCCUCUAAAAUUAUGGACAGUCCCGGGGCACCCUCUAAAAUUAUGGACAGUCUCGAGGUACCCUCUAAAAUUAUGGACAGUCCCAAGGCACCCUCUAAAAUUAUGGACAGUCCCGAGGCACCCUCUAAAAUUAUGGACAGUCCCGAGGCACCAUUUAAAAUUAUGGACAGUCCCGAGGUAACCUCUAAAAUUAUGGACAAUCUCGAGGUACCCUCUAAAAUUAUGGACAGUCCCGUCUAAAAUUAUGGACAAUGUCAAGGCACCCUUUAGAAUUCUGGACAGUCUUGAGGCACCCCAUUCUAAAAUCAAAUACACUUUUGCACACU